AUCAUCUUCAUCUUCGGAUGAUGAUAAUCUUCUGUCCAAUAUCAUUGCAGAGAUUGAUGAAACCGAAGAAGUAAUUUGUGAGUACAUCAACAACAUGAUCCUCGUUAACAAUUUACGUCAACACAACUACUAACCGAUCCAUGGUGGCUCGAUUCCCGGUCAUGCAGUGAUCAACCGCGAUCGAGAAAAUGCGCAUCAGAAUUUGGUCAUAGAUUACUUUGCCGAUAAUCCACGUUUUGGAGAAGAUAUGUUUCGUCGUCGAUAUCGGAUGUCAAGAAGUUUGUUCCUUCGUAUUGUUGAUGCAGUGAAAGAUCAUGACUAUUACUUCCAACAACGAAGUGAUGGACUUGGUAGAAUGGGAUUAUCACCGUUACAGAAAGUAACAGCUGUUUUUCGCAUGUUGGCAUACGGUCUACCAGCUGAUGCUACGGACGAAUACGUUAAAAUAGGUGAGUCAACAGCAAUUGAAAGUAUGAAAAGAUUUUGUCGUGCUAUGGUGGAGAUAUUCGCAGAGCGGUAUCUACGAACACCUAACGCUAACGAUAUUGCUAGGCUACUCUAUAUUGGAAAAAAACGUGGUUUUCCAGGAAUGUUAGGAAGUCUUGAUUGUAUGCAUUGGAAAUGGAAAAAUUGUCCAACAACAUGGUCUGGUCAAUACACAGGACGUAGUGGGUCACCAACUAUUAUCCUCGAAGCUGUGGCAGAUUAUGAUCUUUGGAUAUGGCACGCAUAUUUUGGUAUGCCAGGCACCAAUAAUGAUAUCAAUGUGCUGGAGCCAUCUAAUCUUUUCUCUAACCUAGCUCAAGGUAUUGCUCCUCCCGCUCACUAUGUUAUUCAAGGAAAAUAGUAUAAUAUGGGUUAUUAUUUAGCUGAUGGUAUAUAUCCGAAAUGGGCUACUAUUGUACAAACAAUCCAACAGCCACAAGGUAGGAAGAAAAAAUAUUUUGCCAUGAAACAGGAAGCAUGUAGAAAAGAUGUAGAACGUGCGUUCGGAGUUCUCCAAUCACGAUUUGCAAUCGUGGCAGGAUCAGCACGUUUUUGGAAAAAACAUGUAUUACAUGACAUAAUGACUGCAUGCAUUAUUAUGCACAAUAUGAUAAUCGAGGAUGAACGUGAUCUUUAUGCACCAAUUCAAGAAGUGAGGGAAGCACCAACACCAGAAGUUGAUAUGGUAGCAGAUGAAACUACAAGAUUUGGUCAAUUUAUUGCACGUUAUGAAAAAAUCAAGGAUAAAGAUGUAAGAAAUAUAUGGCCUAUGUGUCAUAUAUUAAAUUGAGUAUAAGGUUUAAAUAAUAUUAAUACUAUUAUGAGGAUUAUUGGUUAUGGAAAAGUACUUAAUAUGACCAUGUAGUUAAUUAACUAACACCCAUGUUUUUAAUCAUGUUGAUGGAACAUGUGUGGGUGGGUAGUUUUAUUAACUACCGGAUAGUUGCUCCUCUCUCUUUCUAUAAAGAAACCUAAGCACAUAAUUUUUCUACACCAUCAAUUAACUUCGAAAUUCAAAAGGGCUUGGUUUUAAAGAAAGAUUAGAGAGAGAAAGCAAUCUUCUCCAAGGUCUCAAUUCUCUAAAGGGUUCAUAGCAUGGCUCAAGGUAUGGUCUCAAACAUCUUAUAUUUGUGAUUGUCAUGAAGUUCUACGAUCCAUGUCUUCUAAUUAAUUAUAGAGGAAUUAUGAUUAUGUUUACAUUUGGUAUCAGAGCCAAGUUCAAGAACUCAUGA